AUGGGGACAGGAAAGGUGGAUUUGGUUGAGAAAUUUGGGAGCGAGGAAAUUAACGUACACGACGUGUUUACAUCAGCUCCAGCCAGCACCGCAUUUCUCCGAGCGUAUGCUUUCAAUGAGAGCAAGUCAAUCUCGCAAAAAAAAUCAUUCGGGUCACAAGAAUGUGUGGGGAUGUACAUCUGA